AUCAUCCUCACUGCCUAUGUCAGCGGCUUAGAUAACUUCACCAUGAACGUCUAUCUCAUCUAUGGAGCCACAGUUUUCAACGGUCUGGUACAAUGGACCACCCUCGCCGUCAUUCAAUCCAUGAUCUUCGCCAUCGGCAAACCCAUCUACGCCAAAACCGCCGAUAUAUUCGGUCGAGCUUUCGUCUAUGCCCUAUCCUUGUUAUUCCUCACCAUCGGCACCCUCGUCAUCGCCACUUCACAAGGAAUCAACACUCUCGCCGGUGGCGUAGUAUUCUUCGCUCUGGGAAAUUGUGGUCUUACCCUUGUACAACAAUUGAUUCUGGCAGAUUUAGUACCUCCUCGUUGGAGAGCUUUAGUUGGUCAAGCGGUAACAUUACAUUUCGUCAUAAACUUUGGUAUAUCUUCUAAAAUCACUGGCGCUCUCAUUCCUGAUCGAUGGAGAUGGGGUCCAGCAACGUUCUCUAUUCUUAAUCCCAUUGUCACACUCCCUAUCAUUAUCGUUCUUGGCGUUCAACAACGAGCCACUGUUCGCGCAGGCAUCAUUCGACCUUUUCCAUAUGAAGGUCGAGGUUUCUUAGGUGCCGUCAAAGCUUUUUUGAUUGAUAUCGAUAUUCUUGGAAUGUUAUGUUUCGCCGGUGGAUUUCUACUCCUUCUCCUUCCUCUCACCAUCGCCAAUAGAGCACCAAACGGAUACGAUUCAGGUUACAUCAUCGCAAUGUUCGUCGUUGGUGGUAUACUCCUUCUCGUUUGGCCGUUGAUCGAACUUCGUGUAUCUAAACCAUUAGUCAACCUUCGAACACUAUUCACAAACGUUGAUGUCAUCCUCCCUUGUGUCAUUUACUUCCUCGAUGAUUUCUCCUACGGCAUGACGUCCACUCCAGCUCUCAACUGGGUUGAAAUAGUCUUCAAUUGGAACACCACCUCGGCUACUUAUUUCCUCUACGCUCAAUCCCUUUCGCUCGUCAUCUUCGGUGUCGUAGGAGGAGCUAUUGCAGCUUAUACGAGACAUUACAAACGACUCACAGUCUUCGGCGCUUGUCUCCGUCUACUAGGGUUAGGCCUGAUGAUCCGUUAUCGUUCCGCCGGUUCUUCAACUUUCCAAAUCGUCAUGCCUCAAGUCAUCCAAGGUAUGGGAGGGGGGUUUAUGACCUGUACCUUGUUAGUAGCAGCUCAAGCGGCGGUCUCACACGCGAACGUCGGAGUUAUUACAGGUUUCGUCCUUCUCACCAUCGCUUUGGGAUCAGCUCUAGGUUCAGCUGUGGUCGGUUCUAUCCAACAAAGACUUCUAGUAGCUUUACACAAAUAUGUCGAUCCCAUCGCAGGAAAUUCAACAUUGGCGGUUCAGAUAUACGGAGGUGGUGUGAGAGCUUUGGCGAGAUAUCCAUUAGGGACACCGAUCAGGACGGCGACGAUACAAGCUUGGUCGGAAAACAUGCACGAUAUUCUGUCGGGGGCUAUCAUUAUAGCUGGGAUUGGUGUUGUGGCGUGUGUGUUCUUACCUGAUAGGAGAUUGUCGGAGGACAAACAGAAUAAUGUGACAGCGGAAACUGUACAGCCGUUGGUACCACUUGCUGCGGUGUCGGGGCGGAUUAGGUUGACUUCUGAGCCGCCAGAAGUAUGA